AUGGUUCGCAGUAUUUUCAUCAGCGUAUUUAUCGCCACAGUCACCACGAUGAUGACGGCCACAGCAGCGCCCGGUGGUGGCGGUUACGGCUACAACAACAAUGGCGGCGGCGGUCCACGGUUACGCGCUGCUGCGCCACCGAAAGCACCGGAAAUCACCGUCCACGUUAUCCGCCCUCCCCCUACGUUCAUCUACGAUGUGACGCAAACAGCUUACUAUACGGAGCACCAUGAUUGCUACAAUUGCCCGUAUGUCUGUGGCCCCACUUGUAUCCCCCAGGGUGAGGUGCUUGCACCUUGCAAUACCGGUCGUGAAAUUGUUGUUCAUAAGAAGCUGCGCAAACCCAAGCAGCAGCAAUACUAGAA